GCUGUGGGUACUGCGCAGGCGCCGUUUAGCUGGGUCUCUAUGACGCUAGCGGGAUGCGGAGCAGGUUUCCGUAAAAGAAAUUAAUGGCUCAGAAACAAGCAUUGCUGGCUGUUCAUCAAGCCCUGGAGAAAUGCUUCCAGGCCAUUGAGAAGCAACAAAGUUUGUGGGACAGUACACUGAUGGAAUGCAGUCCACUCCUGAGCUCGUUGAGUAACCUGGCAGAGCAACUCCAGGCAUGCAACAACGUUGACUUUAAGAAUACUCCCUUUCGAGAAUUUCCUGAUCUGAAACACCGCCUGAAGUAUAAACUUACCCAAGCAAUGGAAAUCAAUUUGGAAAAUCUUGGAGAAAAAAUGAAUGUUUUGCAAAGGGUGCAGGACACAACGAGUAACCAAGUGUCGACGUGCUUCCAAAUGUACGAACUACAUGCUGACACCAUUGGUUUGACUGCAGUCCUUGAACGAUCAAGUCUCAAUCCUUCUGUGGCAGAUAUGCUGGAAUGGCUUCAAGAUGUUGAGUGGUUUUACAAAAACCAGUAUCUUGCCAAGAAAAUUUUACUUCAGAAUAUCAGCUAUGAUAAUCUGCCAAAUAUUCAAGCUCUCCCACAAUCCUGGAACAGAACGACAGAACAGGUGGAUCAGGACUUGGUUCAAGAUACUCUACUAAAGGUGGCAUUCUUCAUGGACUCUCGCCAAGGAUCAUAACCAAGCUACGGUUGUUCACUGGAACUCUUGGGGUUUUGUUUUCUCCUUUGGCAAUAGGUUUUGAAAAAGAAGCUCCUUGUCGUGUACUGAUGCAAAAGACGGCUUAGGGGCGAUCUUACUUCCUCCAUCUUGCCCUGAAUGUGGUUUAAUUAAGCCUCAAGUGCAAGCAUAGUUUGUACUUGACCUCAUUUUUAGAAUAUGUUUGUCACGUCCCUGUUUUAGUAAAUGAGCAGAUACCACCAAAUUCCAAUCGUGCUGUGGGUUUAGUACAAUGAAGAAGAUUGUGCCUAUGAUGUCACGUGCAGUAAGGUGUAUCUCACUCGCAGUCCUUUGAGAAGUAUAUUCUAUACUUCAGAAUGUGAGGGAACAGUAAAGUAGGAAGACACCUCACAGAAUACAAGCUACACAUCUUGAAAGGUAGUAUGGAAGCAAAGGUCCUGAAAGUACUAAUGGGGGCAGUAUGGGAUGCUCCUUGCCAGUGACUUUGUCUCAUUCAAAAUCUGUGGCACUGUUGAUGGUGCACUGGAGUACCCAGCAGAGUGGAGAGAUUGGUCUUGCGUGCUACAGCACAAAGACCCUCUAAAGUUUAGUAUCUUUAUGCUGCCAGUUUUCAUAAUACAAUCUGUUACUCCCAUCAAAAUAGUUCUUAUGAACUUUUAAAUUUCUCAGCCUCUCUGCCUCCUCAGAAAUACUCAGUGCCAACACCAAAGUUAUUGAUGCACUUUUGUCUGCAACAGAGCUAAGGGCCUGAUUGAGAAAGUAUAUAACGUUGUUUCCUCAAUGACAUUGCAUUAUGGUGCAACCUGCACAUUGUGGCUAGACACGCAGCCCUGGAAGUGGCAGGAUUUAUGGUGGUGUUGUGGGAGGAAAGGUAUGUUUUGGAUUCGGUUCCUCAUCCUAACUUCAACUCUUAGGAGUUUUCAAGCCAGGUGUUUUGGCAUUGUGGAGAAAGUAGAGGAAUAGAGAAGUGCAUGGUGUAAUAUGUACGUUUACAAGGGGACAAUUUUUAGGGCAUCUUAAUAUAUUUGUAAUUGAAUAAUGUAUUAUGAAGCAUUUUUUAUUCUAUUUUAUAAGUAAAUCCCUAUUGAUGGCAAUAGAUAUAAGUCACAUCUCAAAUUAUAUGUCUGUACUGUGUGUGUGUGUGUGUGUGUGUGGGGGGGGGGGGAGGUUCUGGAAGUCACUUUAUUGUCACAACCAACAUUCUGGCUAGAACGUGCAGUCAUUAGCAAAUUCUAAGAACAUUUAGUCAGGAAGGUAAGUUUUCCCAUGUUAAUAUGAUUGGAAACAAAGCAGAAACCACAAGAGGAUGUUGGGUUUAGGUCUUGAAAAUAGUUUACUGUAAAUGGAUUUGAGUCUCAUGCCUUACUGAGCUUCAGUAAGUCACUGUCAUAUUCAUGAUACAGAUAGUAUCCAGUAGAGUUGUGGAGCUAGAGUAGGGUGCUGCUACUAUAACAUCAGGAAGCAGAAUAAAAUUAGUAAGAGACAGCUUGUGGCUGAAGAAAAGAACAGGGAUUAUGAGAUUUGGAAGUCCAGAAAUGAUGGUGUAGGAGCACAGAAUAAGCCAACAGUUUGUAGCAACCAAUGUGAAGACAAAUAGAAUGCUAUGGAAAUAAUGCUUAAACCAUACAAUGCUCUGGUCAGAUUUCACCAUGGUUUGCUGCCUCAUCUCAAAGAUACUGACCAAAAAGUAAAAAUGGAGCUGAACCUUAUCAAGAAACUUGUGCCAAAAUGUCAUGGAGCGCAGCCAGAGCACUAAGACAUUGGUCCUUACAUACUCUGCUGCAUAGUACUUCCCCACCUCCUAGUCCUGCAGCCAUCGCUAAGGUAAUAGAUGUACACCUAAAUGCUGCCAUGUGGAUGGUGAUAUUUAAGAUGGCAAACAGUUCUGGUCCAUGUUGCUCCAUUUGCCAUGUGCUGUGAUUCAAAUGUCUCCCAGAAGGUGGAAGAAGACCAACUUUCCCAUUCAUAAAGACUUGGCAAAAUCACUACAAAAGCCUUUAAAAUCAAACUGGCCAUUCUGGGAAUCAGCAACUACUGUCCAUGCUGUGGGCACAUGCUCGCUAUCCAGAUUGAAGCAUCUGAGAGACUUGUCUAGUGUUGGGAAGAAAUCCCUGAUCACUGACUGCAUCGUAGCCGGUUCCUGGCUUUGACUUUCCUCAAAGAUGGUGGACAGCCCUCAACAGAAUUUGCGCAGGUCAAGGGCAAACGUGGCCACCUGCUCCACCAAUACUGAAGCGGAGUUGCAAAUGUGGCCGUAAAUCCCAAGAAUUGCUCUGAGAGCCAGUGUGGACUGGUUGGGCUGAAUGGCCCUCUUGUGAGAAAUUUGAAUAUGAAACUACUUACCAUCUGUGGAUUGACAGACUGGACAUUCAGUGAGGCUUGUCAUGUAUUAAAAGGAUAGGCUUUGCAUAUUUUUUGUCAGCUGAGUUGGUAGCACCCCUUCCUCUGAAUUAGAAGGUUGUAAAACUCCAUUUUAUGGAAUUGUGCACAAAGUCUUAAGGCAACGGCGCAAACUAAGGGAAUACUACAGCUAAGUGUUAUCCUUUAAAAGACACAUUGUCAUUGACCCUCAAUACUUUCUUGAUUUCCUCUUGGUCAGCACAGUGAUUGGACCAAAUUAUCCUCUGAUUAGGUUGAGGUACAAAAGACCUCUUGAGAACAAUGUAUGGAAGAACAUUGAGUGGGUCACCUGUCCAUACGAAGUCCAUAUUCUUUUCUGCCUUUUAACAGAUAAAACGUCUGUCAGGCUCCAAUAAGGCGAUGGAUCUGACCUAUCAAAGUUUUUCUUAGUAUUGCAUGAAAUUAGGUUUGUACACCCAAGUGCAGUUAAUAAAAAUCAUGUUUGCUCUAUUGAACCUGCAGAAACCCAUGAAUCUCAUUCCACUGCAGCAAUUAAGUAAAAUAGUUUGCUUGCCUAAGUUAUUAGUGUGCAAUGUUGACAGGGUUUUCAAAAUCAAAUUUUCCUCUGCCUUGGCAAGUUGCCCCAACAGCUCUGCAUUGAACGUUAGUCAGAUAAAUUUUUUAAAAAGCCAUGGGGAAUUUGUGGCUGGUCAUUUUGGAUAUAUUUAUGUAUAAUAAAUUCUGAGUGCAGGCUGUUAUAAAAUAGUAACUAUCUAUUCAGCAGUUUAACCAUCAUUACUGCCCUAUUUGAUUGAUGUCAAAGUCAAUUUCAAAUGCAGCCGCAGUAAUGCAUUUGUAUUCCUAUCAUUACAUUGUCAUUAACUUUUCAUUUGAGUUUCUUUUUGAAACAUUGUAGCUUUCUGACAAGGAGUAGUUACCUUGGAUGCUAUUAUUUAUUUUUGAAGGCUUGUGCAAGCUGUCUUACGAGAAAUUGAGUCCACACAUUUAUCAUACUGAGCUCACCGUUGAGAAGAUAGAGAAAAAUAUUUUGUGUUGCUGCAAGAGAAACAAAUGAGUUCAGGAGGUGGCCUCUGAAGUAGGUAAAGAAAGGCAUUCACACCUCAGUUUGCUCUGAUGCACCUGCCAGUAAUGUGGGACUCAUUACCAGAGGAUUAGUUAAGAUGAACAGCAAAAUUGUAUUUAAGGAUAAAAUUAUAAGGAAGAAAGGAAUGGAAGGAUACGCUGGCAGGGUUAGAUCUGCGGGAGGAAUGUCAGGUAACACAUAAUCACCAACGUAGGUCUGUUGGGCAAAAUGGCAUAUUCCUGUGCUGUAAGUACUUUGUUCUUUCGACCCAUAGCCUGUAAUAUAGGGAAAACUUCCAGCUAAUUUGUGUACUGCAAGAUCCCACAAAUGGCAUUGAGAUAAUUGGAUAGAUCAACUUCUUCAGCUUUUGGUUAAAAGGUUAAUGUUGUCGGGGACACUGGAAAAGGCAUCCUGCUGUUGGAAUAUUGUGCACAGUUCUGGUUGCCACACUACAAGAAGGAUGAGGCAACGUUAGAAAGUGGGAAGAAGAGAUUCACCUGGAUGUUGCUUGGAACAGAGAGCUUUACUUGUAAGGAGAGGCUGGACAGGCCGGGUUUAUUCUCAGUGGAAUGUAAGAGGCUGAAGGUGCCCUUAAAGAAGUUUAUAAAAUGAUGAGGGGCAUAAGUAGGAGAGACAACCAAAGUCUUUUCCCUAGAGUAGGGUAGUCCAAAACUAGAAGGCAUAGAUAGGCCUCAUAGUUGGCACAGAUUAUUUGUCUGAAGGGCCCGUUUCUGUGCUGCACGAUUCUAUGUUUCCAUGACUCUAAUUUGAAUAGUGACACAGGAUCUUUUGAAUCCACCUAAGGGGGAGAGGAACUUCAAUUUAAUGUCUUAGUUAAAGGGUGAUACCUCCAUCAGUGUUGUAUCAGCCUGGAUAAUACAGUCAAGGAUAAGAGCUUGUGACAGCUGAUUUCUUGGUAAGAGAGUGAGAGGGUGAGGCAGUAUUUUGUAGAAAAUAAUCACAUGCACUAUUACACACAAUGGGCCUUAAGUGGAUCAAGGAAUCAUAAAGUGGUUCCAGGAUAGGACAAUGACAUUUGAUUGGGUAAAAGAAUCAUCUUGGUGGAAGAAUAAUCCAGCUGUUCUACUUUACUCCACAUAGGCCUGCAGUUUUUCCUUCCAAACAGAUGUCACAACCUCUUACCUAUCGUUACACAACUACAAGAAGAAUUUCUAUCUAUUAAAGAUUCAGCUAUGGCUCACUGCUAGCCUCUCAUUUCCAAACCAUGUGUGGGUACAACACCAGCUCUCUUUCAACCACUCUCUCCCCAGCUGCUAUUCCAGAUCGUAAUGGUUUGCUGCAUGAAAAGGUUUCCUCCUGUGCUUCUUUUCACAAUUGUCUUCAUUCUCUAUCUUCUGAUCCUUGGCCAUAGACUGCUUCAAACAGGUAGACCAUUGAACAGACACAUGCGAGACUGGAGGACUUGUACUAGGUGUAACAAGUGUUUGAGCAGCAUCUGUGGGUAGAAAGGAUCAGUAAAUUUAAUGCUGAGUUCAAUGAGCAUAUGAUGAAUUAUACUCAGUGGCCCAGAUUUUAUACAAAAGCUGUCAGUGUUCACUUACUAUGAAAUAAAUUUGAGCACACCUUCCAGAAUCAGCACAUGCAGUUAAAUGCAGACGCUGAAAAUUGAUGAAAAUCAAUAAAAACUGCAGAGAUGGAAAUCUGAAAUAAAAAUAGAACAUGCUGGAAACACCUAGCAGAUCAGGCAUGAUCUGUGGAAAGAGAAAUAGUUAAUGUUUCAGGUCAGAGACACUUCAUCAAAACCCUUCAUCAGGGUCUUUGAUCUAAAAUGUUUGCCACAGAUGCUGCCUGACCUGCAGUGUGUUUCGAGCAUUUUCUGUUUUUAUUGGAAAUGAUGUGUGAAUCACCUUAUUCUUUAAUGGUUUGUGAUAUACCAAGACCUCACCAAAUGAAUUAGCAUUGAAAUUCAUGACAGGGUGUGAAGCUGAGUUGGUUUCCCACACAUGGCCCGCCAAGCAGGAUGGGAAAUGUAAUGAAUUGUGCAUUCAGGUAGAAGUUUAAGUUAUAAUUAUCCCCAAGUCAGCACUCUGACCAUGAAAACUUUGGUUUCUAAGAGAGGAAUUUCAUUCCUCCAGGAUUAAUCAUGAUGAUAUAUAAAGGUGCAUUUAUUUUAGCUUUCUGAUUCAAUUUCUUGACAAAAUUGAAGAUAUCGUUUAACAGCCGAAAUGCUAUUACUACAAAAACUGACAAUACAAGAUGGUGGCCGAAUGGAUUUUCAACAAGUGUUUGCAAUUAUUUUAUUGGCUUAGUGUCCAUGGUGUUGGUAGCUUUUGGUAAUAAGUUUUGGUUUGUUGUUUAUAAUGAAGGUCAGAGGUCAGCUCAGGCCUCCCUUGGUCUGCUAUUUCAUACCAUAUUAACAAUACAAGCCUCAUCCAAUCACUGCCCACAGCCUCACCCAGGGUUAGCCUGGGUGAGAAGGAUCUAUGUCCAGUUAAAGAGUCAAUGGAGGUCCCUGGCUGAAGAGGAGAUGUUCACCACUGGGUUCUUCUGCUGGAGAAAUUACACAUGAUGAAAACCAACUCAAUUAAUCCCACACUGGAUUGAUUAAGAUCCUGACUGCUAAUGUUGACCCAUCACAGAACAAGGUGGAGGUGGGUUGGUGCACCGUCAAUGGUACCCCUACAGUUGAUGUGGCUUCAGAACAGAUGAUAAUAAAUGAUGGGAUAAAGCUCUGCAAUGCAAACAAUACUAAGUGCUUUCUGGCUCUGUUUCCCAUCUCUAGAAAAUAAAAAUUGCCCACUA